AUGGGAUCACGUCUUCGCCAAGAAGAUUUUCCUCCUCGGAUUGUUGAGCAUCCUUCGGAUGUUAUUGUCUCUAAAGGAGAACCAACAACUUUGAACUGCAAGGCUGAGGGCAGGCCAACUCCUACUAUAGAGUGGUAUAAAGAUGGUGAGAGAGUGGAGACUGACAAAGAUGAUCCACGAUCCCACCGCAUGCUGCUGCCUAGUGGAUCUUUAUUUUUCUUGCGUAUUGUGCAUGGACGUAGAAGUAAACCUGAUGAAGGAAGCUAUGUCUGUGUGGCAAGGAACUAUCUUGGUGAGGCAAUGAGUCACAAUGCAUCUCUGGAAGUGGCAUUAUUAAGAGAUGACUUCCGGCAAAAUCCCACAGAUGUUGUUGUGGCAGCCGGGGAGCCUGCCAUCUUGGAGUGCCAACCUCCUCGAGGACAUCCAGAGCCCACCAUCUAUUGGAAGAAAGACAAAGUUCGAAUAGAUGACAGGGAAGAGAGAAUAAGUAUCCGUGGUGGGAAACUGAUGAUUUCAAACACUAGAAAGAGUGAUGCAGGCAUGUAUACCUGUGUUGGAACAAACAUGGUUGGAGAAAGAGACAGUGAUCCAGCAGAACUGACUGUCUUUGAGCGACCCACUUUCCUUAGAAGACCAAUUAACCAAGUGAUACUGGAAGAAGAAGCUAUUGAAUUUCGAUGUCAAGUCCAAGGAGAUCCUCAGCCAACUGUAAGAUGGAAGAAGGAUGAUGCAGACUUACCAAGAGGAAGAUUUGACAUCAAAGAUGAUUACACAUUGAGGAUUAAAAAGGCCAUGAAUUCAGAUGAAGGCACCUAUAUGUGUAUUGCUGAGAAUCGGGUUGGAAGAGUUGAAGCAUCUGCUACUCUCACUGUGAGAGCUCGCCCUGUUGCUCCACCACAGUUUGUGGUUAGGCCAAGAGAUCAGAUUGUAAUUCAAGGUCGAACAGUUACAUUUCCAUGUGAAACAAAAGGAAACCCUCAGCCAGCUGUUUUUUGGCAGAAAGAAGGCAGUCAGAACCUGCUUUUCCCAAAUCAGCCUCUACAACCUAGCAGCAGAUAUUCAGUGUCACCAACUGGAGAUCUUACUAUUACAAACAUCCAGAGGUCUGAUGCAGGCUACUAUAUUUGUCAGGCCUUAACUGUUGCAGGAAGUAUUUUAGCAAAGGCCCAGCUGGAAGUUACUGAUGUUUUGACAGAUAGGCCUCCACCUAUAAUUCUACAAGGCCCAGCCAACCAGACAUUAGCAGUAGAUGGUACAGCCCUGCUGAAAUGUAAAACCACUGGUGAUCCUCUUCCUAUCAUUAGCUGGUUAAAGGAAGGAUUCACUUUUCUGGGUAGAGAUCCAAGAACAUCUUUACAAGAACACGGAACCCUACAGAUUAAGAAUUUACGUGUUUCUGAUACUGGCACGUACACAUGUGUGGCUACAAGUUCAAGUGGAGAGACAUCAUGGAGUGCUGUGUUAGAUGUAACUGAAUCUGGAGCACCAGUCAGUAAAAAUUAUGAUUUAAAUGACCUGCCUGGAUCACCAUCCAAACCUCAGGUCACUGAUGUCAGUAAGAACAGUGUCACCUUGUCCUGGCAACCAGGCAGCCCUGGAAGCCUACCAGCUAGUGCAUAUAUCAUUGAGGCCUUUAGCCAAUCAGUGAGCAAUAGCUGGCAAACUGUGGCAAAUCAUGUAAAGACAACGCUGUACACUGUAAGAGGACUGCGACCAAACACAAUAUACUUGUUCAUGGUGAGGGCUAUCAACUCUCAGGGUCUUAGUGACCCUAGCCCUAUGUCAGAUCCUGUGCGCACACAAGAUAUAAGCCCACCAGCACAAGGAGUAGAUCACAGACAGGUACAGAAAGAACUGGGGGAUGUCAUUGUACGUCUUCAUAACCCUGUUGUAUUAACUCCCACCACAGUUCAAGUCACAUGGACAGUUGAUCGUCAGCCCCAGUUCAUACAAGGCUAUAGAAUCUUUUAUCGUCAGACAUCAGGACCCCAGUCUCCAUCAACGUGGCAAAAUUUAGAUGUUAAAGUGUCUACAGAACGCAGUGCUGUUUUAGUUAAUCUGAAAAAAGGAGUAACUUAUGAAGUUAAAGUUCGACCAUAUUUUAAUGAAUUUCAAGGAAUGGACAGUGAAUCAAAAUCAGCCCAUACAACUGAGGAAGCUCCAAGUGCCCCUCCACAAUCUGUCACAGUGCUGACAAUUGGAAACCACAACAGCACAAGUAUCAGUGUUUCCUGGGAUCCUCCUCCUCCAGAUCAUCAAAAUGGAAUUAUCCAGGAAUAUAAGAUCUGGUGUUUGGGAAAUGAAACUCGGUUUCAUAUCAACAAAACUGUGGAUGCAUCAAUUCGAUCUGUUGUGAUAGGUGGAUUAUUCCCAGGCAUUCAGUAUCAGGUAGAAGUUGCAGCAAGCACCAGUGCAGGAAUUGGUGUGAAAAGUGAUCCUCAGCCCAUCAUAAUUGGGGGACGUAAUGAAGUUGUCAUCACUGAAAAUAACAACAGCAUAACUGAGCAAAUAACAGAUGUUGUGAAGCAGCCAGCCUUUAUAGCUGGUAUUGGAGGUGCAUGCUGGGUAAUUCUGAUGGGUUUCAGCAUCUGGUUGUAUUGGCGCAGAAAGAAGAGAAAGGGACUCAGCAAUUAUGCUGUUACUUUUCAAAGAGGUGAUGGCGGACUAAUGAGCAAUGGAAGCCGACCAGGGUUACUAGAUGCCAGUGACCCCAGUUAUCCUUGGCUUGCAGACUCCUGGCCAGCCACUAGUUUGCCUGUGAACAGUAGCAGUAGUGGGCCAAAUGACAUUGGAAAUUUUGGUCGUGGAGAUGUGCUGCCACCAGUGCCAGGCCAAGGAGAUAAAACCGCCACUAUGCUUUCUGAUGGAGCCAUUUAUAGUAGCAUUGACUUCACCACUAAAACGACUUACAAUAGCUCAAGCCAAAUAACACAAGCUACACCAUAUGCCACUACACAGAUCUUGCACUCCAACAGCAUUCAUGAAUUGGCUGUUGACUUGCCUGAUCCUCAGUGGAAAAGUUCAAUUCAACAGAAGACAGACCUGAUGGGAUUAGGCUAUUCUCUUCCUGAUCAAAACAAAGGUAACAAUGGUGGGAAAGGUGGAAAAAAGAAGAAAAAUAAAAACUCUUCUAAACCUCCCAAAAACAAUGGAUCUAACUGGGCUAAUGUUCCACUACCUCCUCCUCCUGUCCAGCCCCUUCCUGGAACAGAGCUGGAGCACUAUGCCACAGACCAGCAGGAAGCUGGUUAUGACAGUGAUGGCUGGUGUCCACCAUUACCAGUUCAAACAUAUUUACACCAAGGGAUGGAGGAUGAGCUAGAGGAAGAUGAUGACCGAGUCCCAACACCUCCUGUUCGAGGAGUGGCCUCAUCACCUGCCAUCUCAUUUGGACAACAGUCCACUGCAACUCUAACACCCUCCCCACGUGAAGAGAUGCAACCCAUGCUUCAGGCUCACCUUGAUGAACUCACCAGAGCCUAUCAGUUUGAUAUAACAAAGCAAACAUGGCACAUCCAAAGCAAUACACAACCUCCUCAGCCCCCAGUUCCACCAUUAGGUUAUGUUUCUGGAACCCUGAUUUCAGAUUUGGAGACAGAUAUUCCAGAUGAUGAUGAUGAGGAGGAGGAUGAUGAGGAUGAUGAUGAGGAUGACAAUGAUGACAAUGAUGAUGAAGAGGAGGAAGAAGCAUUAGAAAUUACUAGGCCCCUGAGAGGUCAAGAUCAGACUCCAGGAUCCAGUAUGGACAAUCUAGACAGUUCUAUGACAGGUUCAAUGGUAAAUGGAUGGGGUUCUGCAUCUGAUGAGGACUGUAACUUUUCUAGUCAUAGAUCUAGUGUAGGUAGUUCCUCAGAUGACUCCAUCUUGACCAGCAGCAGUUUUGCACAAGCACUGAUUGCAGCAGCAGAUAAAGCUGGUUUUAGGCUGAAUGGAACCAGCCUUACAAAAACAGGCAAAACAUUCUCUUCUCAAAGACCUCGACCAACCAGUCCCUUUUCUACAGACAGUAACACAAGUACAGCGCUGAAUCAGAGUCAGAGACCUAGACCCACUAAAAAACGCAAGGGAGGUAAAUUGGACCAACCUCCGUUGCCUCAUCGCAGGGAGGGAAUGACAGAUGAUCUUCCUCCACCACCAGAUCCCCCACCAGUUCAGGGUUUAAGGCACCAAAUAGGCCCUGGCCAACAUGGUGGUAACCUGGAAAGUUCUGCAGAGAGAAAAGGAAGCUCUCUGGAGAGACAACAUGCAUCCCCCAUAGAUGAAACAAAGAACUCAUUGGAUCUACAAGCUAGAACCUCACUAGAGUGGCAGCAGCAAACACAGGAAUGGAUAAGCACCACAGAACAUCAAGAAGAUUUAAGGAAAGUCCCACACAAACAAGCAUUUGAAUCAGAGGAGGUGCUGGUACCAUACAGUAAACCCAGCUUCCCAUCACCAGGUGGGCAUAAUUCAUCAGGAACAGCUUCUUCAAAAGGAUCAACUGGACCUAGAAAAGGCGAGGUCUUGCGAGGAAGUCACCAGCGCAAUGCCAGUGACCUUCUUGAUGUAGGCUAUAUGGGACCCAAUAGUCAAGGACAGUUUAUAGGUGAAUUAUUUGAGAAGAGAAAUGCAAAGCUGCUCUGAAGGACCAUCAGGUCUGAACUCAUGGAAGUGAUGACACUAAACAGUGCAAUGAACAAUUUCUUUAUUUAUGUACUAUUAAAAGAACUGUAAAUGCAAUGUAAAGCCACACAACCACACAUAUCCCACAGAUAUUUUACUUGUAUUCUCUUUGAAAGACACCAUCCACCUUAACUAUUUCUUGUCAGAAGUAUAUAAAAAAGAAAGAA